UGUAAAUUACAAAACUUAUGCCCAAUUUGAAUAUGAUUUCCGUUAUCACAUACGCGGCUCUUAUUGGUAUCACUCAUACGCUCGCAAAACAAUUGCCGCCAAAUGUUAUUGUUUUGUUGGCCGACGACAUGGGUUGGGCGGACGUGGGCUACCACUCCGACCACAUACUGACCCCCAAUAUCGACACACUGGCCGCCGAUGGCGUAGUGCUGAACCAGUACUACACGCAUCCGGUGUCGUGUCCGAGUCGGGCGGCCCUACUCACAGGCGUACACCCCAUACACACCGGACUACAAAACUCAGUCAUCUAUAACCAGUCGCCCACUGGGCUGCCCCUACACUUCAAACUCUGGCCCCAGUAUCUCAAGCCUUAUAAUUAUGCCACACAUAUUGUCGGAAAAUGGCAUCUAGGUUUCUCACGGCGUAACUACACGCCCACCUACCGGGGCUUUGACUCUCACGUGGGCUACUGGACCUAUAAUAAGGAGUAUUACAGCGACAUGUCGUUCGACGUAUACGGGGUGUCGGGCCGCGACUUUCGGCAUAACAUGACACUCACGACCGAUGCGAACGGUGUUUAUUCGACCGACUAUUUCACCGAUAUUUGCGUCGAUAUCAUUGCCGACGACAUGGGUUGGGCGGACGUGGGCUACCACUCGGACCACAUACUGACCCCCAAUAUCGACACACUGGCCGCCGAUGGCGUAGUGCUCAACCAGUACUACACGCAUCCGGUGUCGUGUCCGAGUCGGGCGGCCCUACUCACGGGCGUACACCCCAUACACACCGGACUACAAAACUCAGUCAUCUAUAACCAGUCGCCCACUGGGCUGCCCCUACACUUCAAACUCUGGCCCCAGUAUCUCAAGCCUUAUAAUUAUGCCACACAUAUUGUCGGAAAAUGGCAUCUAGGUUUCUCACAGCGUAACUACACGCCCACCUACCGGGGCUUUGACUCGCACGUGGGCUACUGGACCUAUAAUAAGGAGUAUUACAGCGACAUGUCAUUCGACGUAUACGGGGUGUCGGGCCGCGACUUUCGGCAUAACAUGACACUCACGACCGAUGCGAACGGUGUUUAUUCGACCGACUAUUUCACCGAUAUUUGCGUCGAUAUCAUUGAUAAACACAACGCCACCUAUCAGCCACUUUUUCUAUACGUUCCCUACCAGGCCGUGCAUGUGUUCCAAAAGGCCUCCGCGUCGGCGCCCCAACACCUGAUCGACAUGUUUGACAUGUUUGACAAUAUGUCGGACGCCCGGAGAACUAUGGCCGCAAUGAUCUACUCGCUCGACGAGUCCAUCGGACGUAUAGUUGAAAGGUUGUACUCGAAGGGUAUGCUUGAGAAUAGUAUCGUAGUAUUUAUGAGCGAUAAUGGUGGUUUUCGGAAAGCCAUACGAGUGCCGGCAAUCAUAUGGAGUCCAUUACUUCGCAAAAGUGGUUACAUUUACGACAAUCUCAUCGAUGUGUCCGACAUAUUGCCUACAGUUCUGGAGGCCAUAGGCGAUAGUAAAGGACUUAAUGGUCAAUUAAAUAUAUAUGGUGUGUCCCACUGGCACUCGUUGUCGACUGGUGAGGGUCAGGUGCGCCGACAGAUUAUCCAUAACAUCGAUCCCGUAUGGAAUAUGUCGGCCAUUAGAUGGCACGACUGGAAACUGGUUAGGAGUGCCAAAUGGGUGGGCGAUAACUACGACAGCGAUCUUAAUUAUGAUCGCCAAACACAACCUAUGAACGUGACCGAUAAAAUGAUCAUGUUCAAAUCUUUAAUAAAUAGAUACCGCGAGAAUUCCACACUAUUCAAGGUAUUCUAA